ACCCAGUUGCCAAUCGGGAUCAAGCAUUUGGUAUUCUUAGAGGGUGUCUACAUGGGCGAGCAUUAGAAUGGUUUGAUCGAAAAAUUCUUGGUAAACGAUGGGAACUUCACAAUAUUUUUGCAAAUCAUGGCCAGGCUGGUAUGGGUGCUCUUCGGGGACGCACUAUGGCACAGAUGAAUACUAGUAAUAGCUUUAGAAAUCCUUCUAUUGCCCAUGACUAUGCAAAUAUUGCUGGUAAUAAUGCAGUAACC